GGCUUCUAGGUGAAUCCAGUGGGGCUGCCUGCGGGGCUGGGGGUCCCUCCUGCCCCCUCCAGCCCCAGCCCUGUGCUCCCAGGUGCCGAUGGCUUUCGAGGACGUGGCAGUGCGCUUCAGCAGGCAGGAGUGGGCCGAGCUGGACGACGAGCAGAGGGAUUUGUACCGCAGCGUCAUGGAGGACAACUACGAGAUGCUGAUGUCCCUGUACUGUGACCUCUCCAAGCCUGACCUCAUAGCUCAGAUGGAGGGAGGAGAGCUGAGCGUGCCGGUGGAGCCAAACCUGGAGACAAAAGAUGUGUCCCCAGCACCAGCUGUAGAAGCAGAGUGCCUGAGCUGUGUGAGUGGUGAUGGUCUGAUGGAGAUGAAGAGAAAGGAGUCUUGCAUGGAGACCUCUCUGCACCUAGAGGAAAGGAGCAGCCCUGUGGUGGCACUGUGUGAUGAGAAGUCUCAGCACCUAGAGGACAGGAACAGCCCCAUGGUGGCAGUGAUCAGCAGUGCAUCACAGGUCCCACUUGAAGCCACUGCUGUCCCUGCAGGUCUCAGCCAGCCAGCUCCAUCCCCUUCCUGCCCUCUCACCACACAAUGUCAUGAAGGAGUGAGUCUGAGCAGGGGUCCAUCGCCUCCUCCUGCAGCAGAUGCCGAGGAGGGGAUCCCCAUGGAGGUACCUCCGGAGGAGGGGACCGAAAGCAAGCCAAGAGUGCCUGAAGCGGCCUCGAAGGCUCCAGAAGAGGAAGGGAAGGUGAAAGGUGCAGGGCAGGGCAGCCCGGCGCCGGCAGCAGACGUUCCCACGGCGGCAGGCAGGCAGAUGCCGGAUGCCUGCGGAGCUGUGGCCCGGGCGGAUGCCGGCGGCGCCGUCCCGGGAGAGCCGGCGGAGGGCCGAGCGGCCGGCUUCCAGCGCAGCUCCUGCCGAGAGAAGUCCUACUCCUGCCUGGUGUGCAAGAAGAACUUCCUGCUGAAGAUCAACCUCCUCAUCCACCAGCGGGGCCACAGCAACGACGUGCCCUACGCCUGCCCCCACUGCGGCCGCACCUUCAUGGCCAAGAAGAAGAUCCGGCGCCACCUCCGCGCCCGGGCGCUGAAGGGCUGCUGCCAGCCCCCGGAGGGAGAGGAGUGCCCCAGCCGGGCACCCUGCCCGGCCCCCCAGCCCCACGCCACCCCCUGCCAGAGCGUCUGGGGCAAGCCCAACCCCGGCAGGUGCCCGCGGUCGCCCGCCAAAGUCAUGUACAGCUGCAGCGACUGCAUGGAGAACUUCUCCAGCCAGAGCUUCCUGAUCCUGCACCAGCGCCGCCACACCAAGCACCACGGCAUCCUCUGCCCCUGCUGCAACCGCAGCUUCCCCUGCGCCUCGGCCUUCGUCCGGCACCACUGGUCCCACACCGGCUGCCGGCCCUACCAGUGCGGCAUCUGCCAGAAGACCUUCAAGCGGUGCUACCACCUCAGCGUCCACCAGCGGAUCCACGUGCGGCAGGAGAGGCCCUUCCCCGGCAGGGACCAGCUCCCGGUGCCGGCAGCCGCGGUGUAGCCGCUGGCCCGGGGGUGGGGGG